ACCAGUUCAUUUCUGUACACAGUCAUAGAAUACUUUGACCAAACACAAAAAAAAUCUAAAAUGGCCGCUAAGUUCAUCAUCCUCGCCGCUUGCGUGGCUACCGCCCUCGCCCAAUACUCUGCCCCAGCCUACAAGCCCGCUUACUCAGCGCCCGCUUACUCAGCACCAAAGGCUUACGCUCCAGAGCCCGCCUACGCCCCGGCCCCAUACAGCUUCGAAUACAGCGUAAACGACCCACACACCUACGAUGUCAAGAGCCAAUCCGAGUACGCUGACGGCAACGGUUACGUCAAGGGAUCCUACAGCCUUUUGGAAGCCGACGGUUCCACCCGUACCGUUGAAUACACCGCUGACGACUACAACGGUUUCAACGCCGUCGUCAAGAACUCUGCCCCAUCUGCUGCCUACAAGCCAGCUUACUCCGCACCAGCUUACUCUGCACCAGCCUACGCUGCACCAGCAUACUCUGCACCAGCUUACUCCGCACCAGCCUACUCUGCACCGGCCUACAAGCCAGCAUACAAACCAGCAUACUAAUAACUUCUUUUCUCAUGUGAACCAACUCUUCUUUUUCUUCUUUUUAUUUCAUGUCCCUGUCAUGAAAUUUUCAUUAUUCACCAACUAUUUAUAUCAUCGUUGUAUUUAUUUUGUAAAUAAAUAGUGAAUCAAAUUAAA